UGUAAUGUUACUGUGGCCACACUGUAAUGCAAAAAUGCAGUACAAUCUCAUGGCAGUGGUUUUGUCUGCUUUAUUUGAAACAGUGCAUGGACAUUACGGAUAUGUUGAAGUUCAAUGUCGAGUACCUGACUCUAAACAACACAUUGAAUUUAUCUUCUCGGCCACCUACAACAUGAUUGAAUAUCUGAGAUACAACAGUAGUGAGAGCAAGAUUGUUGGCUAUACUGAAUUUGGGAAGAAACUGGCAGAGGACUAUAAUAAAAACAAUAUUUUACUUGCACAAUCAGAAUUUGUGCUGAACGAGUGCAAAAGAUUUGGAGAGUUUAUUGUCCCUAUUUCAGGGACUACAGUACCACCAGACGUCGUUAUCCAAUUGGAUAAUGUGAAUCAUAAGCCUAUUCUGGUGUGCAGUGCUUAUGACUUCUAUCCCAAACACAUUAGACUGACAUGGAUUAGAGAUGAUAAAGUGAUUCCAGCUGAUGUGACGUCCACUGAGGAGCAGAAUAAUGGAGACUGGUUUUAUCAGGUCCACUCCUACCUGGAAUACUUCCCUAAACCUGGAGAGAAGAUCUCCUGUGUGGUGGAGCACGCCAGCUCCAAUAAACCCAUGAUAUAUCAUUGGGAUCCUUCUCUUCCUGAGUCUGAAAGGUCUAAAAUCAUUCUUGGGGCUGUGGGGCUGUCAAUGGGGGUCUUUAUGGCAGCUGGAGGCUUGAUUUACUACAAACGAAAACAAACAGGAUUUUUCAGACUUCCAGUUUGCAUACUUCCAAUGCAAACAGUGAACGAGACUGAACAGCAGUAGGCCAUAACAUGGGACUGCCCCAUCUCUCCAUAUUACCAUUCGAGAGGACCAUUGAUUGAAGCCUGUAUGACACGGUUGUGAGCGCUCUACAGUCAGGCUCAGAGCCGCUUUUCAAAGGGUCUGAUUGUAAAACUUCUAUAUUCCUGGGCCUAUUAAUUAAAUAUUCUUUACAUUAAUUAGAUAUGACCA